AUGCUUAAAAUAUAUUGUAAUCUCAUUUUAGAUUUAGUUCUUCUCGCUUCGAGAAUGUCGACAUAUCCUGCUUCUCCAGCUCGACAAACAGUGCAUUCCGCAUUGUACAAGAUGCCUUCACCAACUGUUCGUUCAGAUGAAACAUGGAAAGAUCGUUAUCGACUUCACUGCAAACAACAAUUCAAACGGGCACGUGAUAAGGUGGUCAAUAAAAUGCGGCAACUUUCUUUCGAUGACAAUCAACCAACGCUAUCAGCUCGUGACAUCGUCGAAUCGGAAUGGAUUAAAAUGUUCGGCUCAUUGCCACCGACCGCCUCGAUGGAUAUGGAUGGGAAUCAGUUGCCAGCAUCGGCUGAAGAAGUGGAAUUCGAGGCCAAUUGGGCUCUGAUGAAUGAAGUUCUUCAAGAGCUUGAAUUAGAGCAAUUACAAGGUAUACCAGAUGAACAACCAGAAUAUAUCCCUUCAAUCGAUGAAUUCAAUCAAACUCAAUGUCCGAUUUGCUCGCACGAUUCACUCUUUCAAUGUUCUCCUCAGCAUCCAAUCACUUGUCGGCAAUGUUCAUUUCAAUAUCAAGUCAAAGCUGGCACGUUAGAUGAAAUUCACGCCUAUCAUCGAAAAACCAUGGCAAAUUGUAACGAAACAAAACUUCACUCGACAUUGUGGCAUAAUGAAGAUGGCAUGAUGCCGUCGUUACUCAUCGUUUGUACAAAAUGUGAUUUCAAUUUUUGCCUCUAA